AUGGCCGCCGGACCGAAACCCAUCUCACCUCAAACCUCCAAGAUGCGGGCCACCCAGAGGGACGGUAUCGCCAGGGCCUUUGAUGACUUCUGGGCCAAAUACCAAGAACUAACUCUACAGAGCGAGGCACAGCGUGCUACCGAAGAACCGAACCACAGCAAUAGAUGGAUUGACAUGAAUCUGGGCCAGGCAGACCCUAAGCAAGCCACGAGGAAACUGGAGGGAAAGUGGAAACACCACAACAGGUGGAGUGCCACCCAGGGCCUGACCCGGUCUCACCCACCAGUCCAACCGCAGCCUACCUCCAAGCGCACUUCUUACAGCACCUCAAGAAAUACACUUAAGGCACAGAGGCCUCUCUCCACACAUAGAUCACGAGACCAUCAGGCCGGUCAUCAUCACCGUCCACCCAAACACCCACCGAGAGACCCGGGGAAAAUGCCACGAUGGAACAAACAUAAGCAGCAGUCUAAACCAGGAUGGGGCCAAACUACAGCAUGGAAAGCAGGGAGGAGAAGGCGGGAAACCCGACGCAAGCCCCUGCGGGUCAGCAACAGCCCACCAGCGGUGAGUCACCUAACUGAAAGGAGACAAACCCAAGGACUAUCCACCCAAACCCCCCCUCCCCGCGCUGUGAUCACAACCCCACCUGGGCAAAGACACCAUGGCAGAGACCACCAGACUCCCAGGCACAGCCCAGCCCAGUACCACUACCUAAAAGUGCUGUGGCGCGAUGGGGGACCUCCUCAUACUCACCAAACUGCCUUAACAGAGGAUACCAAUCACCAUAAAACCCACUAUCCCCACCAGGGACAACAAGCCCACGACAUGCUCAUCACAAGACAGGGGACUUAUGCAACCAUACCCUCUGAAUACACCUCGGCUGGACACUGGAAGAGCACUGACUGGGAGGACCCCCACCGCCUACUGCUCCGGGCACUAACCCGACGGCUGAUGGGGAUCGGUUAG